GCUGGACGCUGAGCCUCGUAUAGGUUUCUCUCUCUCUGUCUUUCUCUCUCUCUUUUCAUAAGGUUCCUAAAAAAAAAAAAAAAAAAAAGUGUAAGAUUUGGGUUUAUUGGGUUACAGUGUGGCAACAUGGCGACUGUCAUUCACAAUCCACUAAAAGCUCUCGGAGAUCAGUUCUAUAAGGAGGCAAUCGAGCACUGUCGCAGCUACAACACCCGUCUGUGUGCCGAGCGCAGCGUCCGAAUGCCGUUUCUGGACUCACAGACGGGCGUGGCUCAGAACAACUGCUACAUCUGGAUGGAGAAGCGACACAGGGGGCCAGGACUGGCUUCGGGUCAGAUGUACACGUACCCCGCCCGCUGUUGGAGAAAGAAGAGGCGACUACAUCCGCCAAUCGACCCUCAGCUCAGACUGUGUGAACUCAGGCUUGAAGCUGAGUUGAUGCCAAAGAGAGAAACUCCUCCGGCGGAGGCCACGGCUCUGGAGGCGCUGAUCAGAGGAGACGCCCUUCUGGACAAAAGGAGCAGCAGCUCCAAGGAAGAAGAAACUCUGCUGGAGAUUCAGAGGGUGCUCGAGGCUGAGGAGAAUGGAGACGGUUUCCAUGACGAUGAUGAGUUCGAGGUGGAGACGCCAAAGAGGAAGCAGAGAAAUAAAGGCAGGGGUCGAGGUUCGAGUCGUAAGAAGACGGAGACAGUGACGGGCGACGAUCAGGACAAACCCUACGUGUGCGACAACAGAUACAAACAAAAGCAUAACUCAAAAAGUGCUGACUCAGUUUGUGGUAAACGUUAUAAGAAUCGGCCUGGUCUGAGCUACCACUACACCCACACACACCUGGCUGAGGAGGAAGGCGAGGAGGAGAGAGAACCCGAGAUCCCUCAAUCACCACCCGAAAAUAAGACUCAAAACCACAAGCUGCAGAAGGGACCUGACGGUGCGGUCAUCGCUAACGACUACUGCGACUUCUGUCUCGGGGACUCGGGCUCUAACAGGAAGACGGGCCAAGCCGAGGAGCUGGUGUCGUGUUCAGACUGCGGACGCUCCGGCCACCCGACUUGCCUUCAGUUCACAGAGAACAUGAUGCAGGCGGUGAGGACGUACCAGUGGCAGUGUAUCGAGUGUAAAUCGUGCAGCCUGUGUGGCACCUCAGAGAACGACGAUCAGCUCCUGUUCUGUGACGACUGUGAUCGGGGAUAUCACAUGUACUGCCUCAAGCCACCCAUGACUCAGCCGCCUGAAGGAAGCUGGAGCUGCCAUCUUUGUUUGGACUUACUAAAGGACAAGGCGUCUGCUUUUGGAGAACCAUAAACACCGUAAAAGAAGUUUCCUUCUUCCAUAAGAGCAGAAUCGAGUGCCGACCCGAACAACGUUCAUCCAUCUCACCUACACCGCACAAAGUCACACACACUCCACUCAGAAAUCUACCUCACAACUCUGGGAAAAAAAGCAACACGAGAUAUCUUUUUGAAAAUCAGAAUGAAACACAUCAGCUUAGAAAAGGUCUUCGUUUUAAAAUCAGCUUAAAGUCAGAUUUUAAAUGAGAUGCGAGUUUUUAAAUAAUCAUACAAAUCUGUAUUUUAAUGCACUCAGUUUUAAUAUGUAUGAUAAAUGCUUUGUAUAAACUUUCACACCAAAUGCCAGCCUGUUUCUGGUGUUUGUCUGUCACUUUCAUUUUUUUUUAAAGUAAAUUGUAGACUUUUUUUCUAGAACUGUAAUAAUCCUAUAAUUUUUAAGAUGCUUCAGAUAAACUGUGAUUGACGAUACAGUGGAUUCGGCUCAUAUCAGCUUUAUUUCAGGCUCCUGGUUGUAUUUAAACUCUGCCCCCUGCUCAGCCUUGCCCUUUAUUUUAAAAGCAACCGUUGAUUUAUUGUGAUUGCAAUUCAGUUUUAAAGGAAACAGAAAUAUUACAAACUGCCCCUUUAAAUUCUGUACAUUAUACAAAAAAUAUAAUUGCAAAAUAUAACAGCUGAGAUUUGGAUUUUGGACAGGAUGCAAGAUUUUCCUUCAAAAGAAUAUAAAAUUGCCUGGAAACAGUUGUCAUGUGUUUAGUGUGUAUCUUCCACUAGAUUAGUGAUAUCCCUGCUCUUUUUUUUUUUUUUUGUACUUCUUCCCUCAUCAUAUAUUAGCGUCUCUAUUUCUGUCUGGAUGUUCUCGCUUGUCGUCUCUUCUUCUUCCUCCUCUGUUCUCUAUAAUGCAUUAGAGGCUCUAUUUUCAGAGCCAAUUCAUCAAGACCAAUCCUCACAUCUGCUGAAUAUUUUAUCUCUUCCUGGCAAGGACUGUCUAACAGACAAAGCAGUUUAAAGACUUUUUUUUUUUUAAAUGGACAACUGCAAAUUUUGAGGAUAUAUCAACAAGCAGAUGAAUAGUUUAAUAGUGAUUUUUAAUCAUUUCCUGUUUCUGCCAUUUGUUUGUUUUUGCUUUUUCUUACAAAUGUUGUCCUCGUCACUUUCCAUAGUUUAAUAAAUGCAACUUUAAAUGA